GCCUCCCUUUACUAAUGCCUGUAAGUUUGAAAACAGUUUGCUUCGGAUGUUCUGCAAUAAAGCCAAAAGUAUUAACAUACUUGGAAAAUAACACCAUGAAAUAUUCAUUAUGUUGAUUUUUAUACAAACAAAGAAACUUGAACGACAUUAGGAAUUUAUAUAAUUAAAUAUUUACAUAUUCCGAAAGCAAACAAUUGUGGUACCGGAAGUUGUGUUAGCUUUCCAAAUGUUUUCUGCAUUAUGUAUGUAAACGCUUGAUUAAUAAGAGUUUUGUUGAUCUAACUAAUCGCUCGGGUAUAACACAAUAAUAUAUAUAUAUAUGAGAUGAAAUAUUGAUAGAAUUUUCUAAUAGAGAGAAAGUAACUUUUCUGUUUAAUUAUGUCAAACGCGGAAUAUCUUCAGAAACAACUUAACAUGUUAAAAUGGGAAGAAAAAUAUAUAAAAUCAAUUAUAGAACUUCACGAAGAUCAAUUAAGUCGUUUAAAAGUUGAAGAGCUUGCGCUAAAGCAUAAAAUAGCUGUAGAAGAAGGUUGUCAUGAUGAAGAUACAAGCCGGCUAAAGAAAAAUGAAAAACAGGCAAUGGAAACAGAUGAAAAUAUAAAUAGUGUCCCUCUGAUGUUAGAAACAAACCGAUUCUACAACAGUAAUGAAGAGGAUGAAGAUGAUGAUGAUGAUGACGAUGAUGCAGAUGAAGGCAGUAACAAGCAUUAUGAUAGUUUAAAAUGCUUCCUAGACCAACUCUGUCAGAGAGAACAAAACAAAACUUAAAAGUAAAAGGAUGCAUUUAUUUCCCCAGUAUGUUAACAAGUAUGAUUAUUAAUUGUUUAGCCCCAGGUCAGCUCCAAUCCAUCUGACCUAUGAUCAAAGGUGUCCAAACUGCAACAGUCCUCUCUUUUAUUCAGACACGAUUUGUCUAGGGCUACAUUAUUCAAUGCAUCCUUUUUUAAAAAUAAUACAAGUUCAGCUUCAGGAUAUAACUGAAAAUUUUGUUUAGAAAUAUGACAAGACUUGAUUUUUUUUUUUAUUUCUAUUACUACCACACUUAUUUUCUUUUCAUUUUUUUAAUUCUUUUUAAUCACAAUACAUACACACAGCUGUGUGGUUAAGAAGUUUGCUUUGCAACUUCAUGAUUUACAGUUCAACUCCAAUGCACAGCACAUUGGGUGUCUUCUGCUAUAAGCCCUGAGCCAACCAAUGCUAUGAGGGAAUUUGAUAGACAGAAACUGCAGGAAG